GCUAAUACAUAAUCUCUGCAGGCACAUGUACGUCCCUGGCACGGCACGCUGUAUCCCCUCAGCACCUGGACUUAAAGCACUGAGACGUAGGCUCAUUUUUUCAGAUGGGGGCAUAAAAGGGGGAGUGGGAUUAUAUUUUGCACAAAUUGUAUGAGAGAUAACAUUGGAUGGACAAGCUAACUACCGUCAGGACCGUGAGCUAUGGAGGAGGCGCUGGAGCGAGCAGCAGAGGUGAUCCGUCUCUGAGCGCGGGGGGCUCAGGUGGAAGAGCUGCGUCAGGAGGCUCCGCUGGCACCGGCGGCUCAGUUGGGAUGUCGUCCGGCCGCUCCGGCGGCUCCGGAGGCGGCAGGGGCAGCGGGGGCGUCAGCAUCACCACUGUAGGAGCGUCGUCUGCUGAAGGGUCAGCGGCCUCGGGGGGCUCCGGGGCGGGGUUCAGGGCUGCCGGAGGAGGAGGGGGGUCCUACGGCAUGUCCUCUGGUCUCGCGAGCGGCGCCAGGGAUGGAAAAAGAGACGGGGGACUCGUCGCUGUCUCCACGGUGACCAAGACCAGCUACAGUUCAGGUGGAUCUGGGGAAGCGAAGAGAGGGUCGUCCUCUGCGGUCACCCAUUCCCCUGCAUUCAAGGAGAGGAAGAGCAUGAGCGGCUUGGCGGCGGCUCUGCCAGACGUCUUCGACGAAAGUUCCAGCCCGAACUCUUCUCCGGAGUACAACAGGAAGGAGUAUGGCACAUCAAUUGGAACUUCAAGUUCCGCCACCAGAGGGAGAGCUCAGAGCAGAGAGAGUGAGAUCAGAGCCAGACUUCAGAGUGCCUCUCCUCCAGCAAGCUGGACGGAGCUGGACGACGUGAAGCGCCUGCUGAGAGGAAACCACUCGACCAGCGCCAGCCCGGCCCAGUCCCCCAACAACACGCUGCCCAUCCCCAGGAAGGCCAGUGUGGAGGCCUGGAGCACGGCCGAGAGCUCCGACACCACCACCACCACCACCACAGACCAGUAUGGCAGCAUUUGGCCCGGAGGUGUGAGCAGCAGCUACAGUUACAACACCAUCCCCAACAACCUGUCCACUACGACCUCCACUCUCUACCAGUCAGGAGUUCAGAACAACCGGACGCUCAGCUCUCCCUAUGUGAACAGUGGCUUCUCUGCCGGCAGCACAGUGUACGGCGUUCAGAACAAUCUGGCCGGUACCGGCCCCACUGCUCUCUCUCCCACAGGAGCCAGCGCUCAAAUAGUUUAUGGCGUGCAGAAAAAUGCGUCUGGCGCUGGAAUAGGCACAACCACAGUGAGACCCAGCAGUCCCACUGCUGACGAAGCCAUGGGCAAAGACUUUAAGUUUGUGCUGAUAGAGAAGGAGAACGCCCCCCUCAAGAAGGAGACGGAGAGGCUGGUCGUGACCAAAGACUCGGGGAAGCAGUUCAUGUCUGCUGCGCCUGCGAUGGCUUCUGUGACCUACUCUGAAGACUCCCUGAAGAGAGAGAAGCAGAAGCUAUCGACCAGCACAGUGGAGGAGGGAACAGAAGCCAAAUCUUCAGCCCUGAAGGUUGCCACAAAAGACAAAGCCACAUAUGCAGAGAUCAAAGAGGAUGAGUCAGGAUUUGGCUGCUUCUCCUGCUGUAGCUGGUGGAAGUGGCUGCUGGGCCUCCUGCUCAGCCUGCUCCUUCUCCUCGGACUCCUCUUUGGACUCAUCGCUUUGGCCGAAGAAGUGAAACGCCUCAAGAACCGCGUCGAUGCUUUGGAAGCCAUCACUGGCACCGCCUCUGCAAGGUCCAGUCGCUUGUCGGCCUCCUCGGGCGCCACCAACAUCGUCGACCCGCUGGAUUCCUUGUACUUUGACAGGAGUUCCUCUGGGUCCACCCUGACCCGCUCUGACAACACCAUCAACCUGGGUGCUGCCGGGCCAGGGGGCGACGCAGGGAGCGGGCCGAGGCAGGACGGUGCUGCCCUGCAGAGAACUGUUCAGAAUCUUGUCAGAGCUGAACUCCGCUCAGAUGCUGUGAGAGAUACACUUAAAGGAGAGAGAGGAGAGCCAGGACCUAAAGGUGACUCAGGGGGACUAGGACAAAAAGGGGAUGGCGGUUUCCCUGGUCUCCCAGGUCCUCCCGGGCAGAUGGGUCAUCCAGGAUUGGAUGGGCCAAGAGGACCAAAGGGAAGUGCAGGUGAGCCGGGUUCCGAGGGUCCACCGGGACAACGGGGCCGGGAGGGAGUGAUGGGCCCCCGCGGAGAGGCUGGACCGCCCGGUUUUGGAGCGAAAGGAGACAAAGGAUCUCAAGGUGACCAAGGACAUCCCGGUCCCGCCGGUGCUACUGGACCUUACGGGCCAAAAGGUGACAUGGGAGGGCACGGUGCCUCAGGAAGCCCUGGGGCUACUGGUCAAAAAGGUUUCCAGGGUGAAGCAGGAGCGCCAGGGGCCAAGGGUGACAGAGGAAGUCCAGGGGUGUCAGGAACCAAAGGAGAGCUCGGAGAGAGGGGACCGCGUGGACCGGCAGGUGAACCAGGACAACCUGGACAACAAGGCCCAGCUGGACCAAAGGGAACUAAAGGGAUUACAGGUGAAGCAGGUACAAUGGGACCUCCUGGUGUGAGAGGACCACCUGGACUUCCUGGAGAUAUUGGCCCCCCAGGUACCCCUGGGAUUCAAGGACCCCCAGGCGUCGCUGGAAAUCCAGGACACCCUGGUGCUAAAGGUGAAUCUGGUUCGCCUGGUAAAAUCAUCACUCCAAUGGGCUCUGAUACUGUGGCCAUCCCUGGACCUCCGGGUCCCGCUGGGCCUCCGGGCCCUGCCGGGACCCCUGGUUUGUCUGGUCCCAUUGGCCCUGCUGGUGUCCCAGGACAACCUGGUCCCAAGGGAGCACAAGGUGAGAAAGGAGAAGAGGGAGAGAGGGGAGAGAAAGGGAAAACUGGAGAGCCUGGCACCAGUGUCACAAGUUCAGAAGCUGUCAGUGCCACCCGGCGUGAUAGACUUUCCUCAGCAGCAGGAUGGCCUGGACCACCAGGACCUCCAGGUCCUCCUGGACAACCUGGACCUCAGGGUCCUUCAGGUGAGACAACACAAGGAUCGCCAGGACGCAGAGGUCCUCCAGGAGAGCCAGGUGUUGGCUAUCCUGGACCCCCAGGAGAGAAAGGAGAACCUGGCAGCUUUGUGCCCACAUCAGAGACCUUCUUUGCUGGACCACCUGGACCUCCAGGACCCCCAGGCCAAAAGGGUUCAGUAGGUGACAGAGGACCACAAGGUUACCAAGGAGAACCAGGUCAACCAGGUCUUCCAGGGGAAGCAGCUGUUGGUUUCCCAGGUCAGCCUGGAUCUCGGGGACCUCAGGGACCACAAGGCCCCAGUGGCGCUCAGGGUGAUACAGGAGUCCCUGGAGCGCCGGGGAUCCCGGGAGGCUCUGGUGUAGGUAGUCCUGGACCAACUGAUGUGGGCCAGGUCAUUGCAGAGUACCUUCAAAGCGGUUCCAUUAGGGAGUAUCUGGCCGGACCUCCAGGGCCCCCUGGGCCUGCGGGAGCCCCAGGGAACACAGGGGACGGGCUGGUGGACGAUGUGACCAACCGAGUCGUCGCCUACAUCCAGGGCUCAGGUAGAGGAUACGACGGGACACAUGGGACACCUGGACCUCCUGGGCCUCCCGGUCCUCCGGGGGCCCCAGGGACCACACAGGGCACAGAUGGGCUGGUGGACGAUGUGGCCAGUCGAGUCGUCGCAUACAUCCAGAGUUCAGGUGGCGGAUACGACAGGACUCCUGGCCCCCCUGGUCCUCCGGGUCCACCCGGCGCCAUCUCUGUCAAUGACAUAAUCAACAUUUUACAACGAGAAGAUGUGAGGAGGUAUGUUGCGGGUCCUCCCGGUCCGCCGGGACCCCCUGGAGAUCUUGGUCUUGGAAGCCCCAGCUUUAACACGCAGGAGGUGGCUGAACGGGUGCUCAGCUUUCUGGCCGACAAGGGGGUAGUAGGUGUCCCUGGACCCCAGGGACCCCCUGGGCCUCCUGGUCAUCCUGGAAGCUUAUCAACCGGGUAUCAAGCGGUUGUUGGCCCUCAGGGGCCUCCUGGUCCUCCAGGUGUCCCUGGUCUACAAGGCCCUGCAGGACCACCUGGCCCACCAGGAUUGGGGAACUACAUCAGCUCAGACAUCCAUGACUACCUGCAGAGCGUCACCUUCAGAGGCUCUCCGGGGCCCCCUGGUCCCCCUGGACCUGAGGGCCCCCCUGGUAAAAUGCGGGGACUGGUUUCCUAUGCUGAGCAGGCCAACAGAGAGUCGAUCACAGCAGAGCGACAAGGUUUCGAUGGUGGUGCUGUUAGAGGAGCUAUGUUAGGACAUCCUGGUCUGCCAGGCCCUCCCGGACCCCCGGGACACAAGGGAGAGCCAGGUGCGUCUGGAGCCGGAGCCGGAGCCUGGAACCUGGAUUCUGCCGACUACUCCACUAUGGCUGUCAGAGUAACUGACUACAUCAAAUCCCAUGGUCUGCUCCGUGAUGUUUUGAGAGAUUCUGAACGAGUUGUCCAAGGACCCCCUGGACCUCCUGGACUUCCAGGAAUACCUGGACAAAGCCAGUGGGUUAGCUCCCGGGAAAAUGUCGUGGAUGUAGUGGAAUAUCUCAAAUCUCGCGGUGUGCUGCACGACAUCGUGAGGGAGCACAACAGUCGCAUCUUCCAGGGCCCUCAAGGACCGCCCGGCCCCCCAGGUCCCCCAGGAUACAGCCGGCCGUUUGGUUCCUAUGGAAAUGCCACGGCCCUGCUGGAAUAUAUCAAAACGCACGGCCUGCUUCAUGACACCAAGGGGAGUCACGGUGAACGUGUGGUCCAAGGACCACCUGGACCGGCUGGUCCUCCCGGUCCCCCGGGAUACAGCCGAGUGUUUGGUUCCCACGCGAAUGUCACGGAUCUGGUGGAGUACAUCAAAACUCAUGGAGCCAUUGUAGGACAACCUGGGAGACCAGGGCAGAAAGGAGACGUGGGUUACCCAGGCCUAAAUGGAGAGAGAGGUGAACGCGGGCUCCGUGGACCUCAGGGACCCAAAGGACAAAAGGGAGACCGAGGAGAAGUCCCCAUGAUGACUAAGAGGCGGAGGAGGAGGGAUGUUGGCGUCUGAGAGACACGUCCGAAAAUUUGGAGUCCAAUCUGUGAGCUUCACAUGCUCUUAAGAGUUGUGUGUGCAUAAUGACGGUACAUACAACCGGAUGCAAGCUCGCCAGUUGAUCUGCUUUUGGUAGGGAUGCGAUUGUACUUUCAUAUCCACAAACAUCUGCUGUUCAGAUUUGUAUUUGUGAAACCAGAGAUUUGAGCAUAGCCUUGAAUUGGCUUGUCAAAUACGCUGUAUCGAGUGGUAUUAUAGACAUUGUUUAUCGGGUGGGACUGAAUAAAGGGUUGACUUUCUCACCUCCACCGAGGAGGUUAUAUUUUU